GCUUGUCGUGCAGAGGUGAACAGAGAAUAUCAGCUCACUCUUCUGUUUUAUUUUCUAGCUCUCAAUGUCAGAAAGGCUCAGAUUAUUGAGUCUCCUUAGAGUACACUUAGUUUAAUAUUCUGCUUUAAUAUUCUGACAUGUUACCCAACUCUCACUUCCUCUUCAAUGGCAACCAAAGCACGUAGGCUUUAUGUAGUCACAGGGCACUGAUAAUGCAGAUAUUAGCUGCUCUCCGUAGCAGAGCUUUACUUCGGUAUUAUGAAGACUUUAUUACUAGUCAUUCUGGGGGGAAAGGCCCGAUGAAGACUGUCGAGUCAAAAGAAGAAGGCAUCUUGUUAGUCUCCAUUGCACAUGAUUUUUUUUUACCUCAUUUUUAGUGUUCGUGCUCACUAACACAUGUUUUGCUCGCUGCUCUUAAACAAAAGGCUCACAAAAAUGUUGACCCUAUUUUUACUUUUUUUCAGUCUCAUGAUCGUGGGUAAUGCAACACUGGUGUAUGUUAACACCACUAUCACCGACUCAGCAGUCCUCGAAUGUAGUAUACAAAAUAAAAAUAUCACGGACUGGAGUAAUGUUCGUUUUUAUUGGCAAGAUAACAGGGAUUUUGUGUUGUAUUCCUAUAAUGAAGGAAAAAAGAUGGCUGAGCAUGUAAAUGACUACUAUAAACACAGAGUCACAGCCUUCCCUCAGGACAUAAUUAGAGGAAAUAUCAGCAUCAUACUCAAAAACCUGACUCUUGAAGAUAACGGAAGGACUUUCUGGGCUUUUGCGGCAGUCUUGGACGGCAGCGUGAUGAAGAGAUACCACCUGGAACACACACAGAUCUGCCAAGUAACUUUACAGAUAGGUGUUCCUUACCAGAAUCCCAUGCUAGAUGUUAAUAUGGAAACAAUGACUGCAGUGUGCACUACCCAAGGAGGAUUUCCUGCCCCUGAGAUACAAUGGGUCCUCCUCAAUAACAGCUCUCAUCAAUCAGUAGAGUCGAGGAACAUCCAGACUACAACGAUGCAGAAUUAUCACGAUCGCCUUUACAGCUUCCACAGCACUCUACCAAUCCCUGCAGGUCCUCACAAGGCUGUGAGCUGUCAUAUCCACAACCCGACUUUGAACAGGACAAUGACGGCCACCCAUACCUUAAACAAAGGUGCUGGAGUGACGAGCUCCCCUGAAUGUCUGAUAUCUGCUGCUGUGUUUCUUCUAACAGCUCUACACUGGCUGUGAUCCACAGCAAAGCCACCUGACAUAGACUGAUCCACCCAUCCAUGUUCUGCUGUUGGUACCAGGAUCUGGUUUUGGUAAUGGACUACUCCAGAGGAGUGAUUAUACCUCACGCUGAGAAUACUUCAUGCCAUGGAGACACUUCUACUAUCCAUAAUUCAAACUUACUGGUUUAAUUCUUUUGCAUUUUGCGCCCUUCCUUUGCAUCAUUAUGAUCUCCUCCUGGCUGUCGCUUCAGCAGGAAAUAGAAGUAAAAGAAGGGCAAUCACAGGGCAAAUCACUGUGGCACACCGAGGGUGCAGACCACUGUGUAACUAGCAAUUUUUAAAUUUUAAUACUCUUUGUAAUUUAUUUUUCUUGACUUACCAAAAUUUUGUACUUCAUUUGGUCAUGAAAGGUGCUCGGAGUUGGUUGGUUGGUGCUGGUGUGGGUUUCAUAGAGUCCUGCUGUGUGCCAACAAUCUUUUUUUUAUACUUUUGUCUUAUUAUUUAUUCUUUUAGUCUGUUGAAAGACAGUUAAAAGGAAAUGAUAUUUCUAGUAAAAUCAGGAAAGUGCUUUCCAGAAAGUUUGUUUUAAAACUCAGAAGACGUUCCAGACAGUGUUAAAGUGGGAUUGCCAGGUGGGAAAUGACUCAUUCAACAUUUAGUCAAAACAUAAUGUGUACUGUGAAUUACAGUUGUCUUUGUGGCUGAGAACUAUGCCGUACUACUCUGGAUUUAACUAGCUACAUUUAGCUAAGAAGAUGUUACGAGGGCUAUUGGGGCCGCUUUCCAACCCCCAGCCUGCAUGACACCGGUAAAAAAAAUACAGAAUAACAGUAAUAUCUAAUACAUUAGCUUAAAUUUAAACGGAUGACUGAAACCUUUGAAACCAACUGUGAGCAUCUGCUUUGUAUCAGUCCAACAUCCAUCACUAUGAACUUUGAUUUGCUGAAAGACACUUGACAACAAAUUAAACGAACAAAUCAAUAAACAUAAACCUAGAUUAUGAACCUCAAAUGUUCUGGAAAUAAACAUUUAUAAAACACA